AUGGCCGCCCAGGGAGAAGUAGAUGAGUUGUUCGAUGUGAAGAAUUGGUUCUAUAUCGGAAGUUACCAGCAGAGCAUUAACGAGGCUCAGAAAGUGAAGCUUUCAAGCCCUGAGAAAGAAGUAGAAAGAGAUGUGUUUCUGUACAGAGCAUAUAUAGCACAGAGGAAGUAUGGCGUAGUUCUGGAUGAAAUCCGCCCAAAUUCCAGUCCCGAGCUGCAGGCUGUGCGCAUGUUUGCAGAAUAUCUAUCCAAUGAAAGCCGGAGGGAUGCCAUUGUCUCUGAACUGGAUAAGAAGAUGGCCAAGAGUGUCGAUGUCACCAACACAACCUUCCUGCUAAUGGCAGCUUCAAUUUAUUUCCAUGAUGGCAAUACUGAUGCUGCACUGAGAGUUCUCCACCAAGGAGAAAGUCUGGAAUGCUUGGCAACAAUAGUCCAAAUAUUGCUGAAAAUUGACAGACUUGAUCUAGCUCGCAAAGAACUGAAGAAAAUGGUUGAGAUGGAUGAGGAUGCAACACUAACAACUUGCAACAGCAUGGGUUAAUAUUGCUAUGGGUGGUGAUAAACUGCAGGAUGCCUACUAUAUAUUUCAAGAAAUGUCUGACAAAUACUCAUCCACUCUACUGCUACUGAACGGACAAGCCACGUGCUAUAUGGGACAGGGCAAGUGGGAAGAUGCAGAGGGGGUCCUUCAGGAAGCCCUGGACAAGGACAGCAGCCAUCCUGAAACUCUGAUUAAUUUUAUUGUACUCACUCAGCACAUUGGCAAGCCACCAGAGGUCACGAAUCGUUAUGUAUCUCAGCUGAAGGAUGGACACAGAAAUCAUCCAUUUAUUAAAGAAUUCCAAGCUAAGGAAAAUGAAUUUGAACGCCUUGUCCUUCAGUAUGCUCCCAGCUCAUGA